AUGAGGCUCUACUGGCCUCCUGGACCCAAUGGGAAUCCUACACGUGCACCGCUGAACAAACACGAGCGCAAAACGAACCCGGAACAUGCAUUCAAGCAAACUUUGGUUAGCUGGUCGCGGAAGUCUGAAGUUCAUUCGGCCAAAUUCCUUCGAGAAGACGGAACUCACGAGCAUGUGGCAGUGAAGAGUGUACCGCUUGAGGCCGAGCACGAGAAACGAGUCCUGGAAGAAUUCAGACAACUAGCUGACCUGGAUCAUUGCCAUAUCAUCGCUGCAUUAGGUGUCUUCAUUGAAGAUCAGAUCCCAGGCAGCGCCAGAAUUGGGAUACUGCUUUUUCCGCUGGCACCACUUAAUAUGGAGCAAUACCUGUACAUGAUAUCGGACCACAAUCGCGCGUGCAAACCCGGCAUCGAAUGGAGAAUGUUCCACGAUAUGAAAGUGUUCGUAUCGUAUUUUGCGUGCUUGUGUCAAGCAGUGAUCUACUUGCAUGAUUUGGACAACCCCAUAAAACAUCGUGACAUCAAACCAGAGAACAUUUUGAUCCACGGAGGAACGGUGAUCCUGGCAGAUUUUGACAUUGCAAAACAAUACACGAACCGCGAACUGGCCUACACCGAGGGCCCAACUCACUCAACUCCUCGAUACGCUCCACAGAACGUCAAAGAUGAAGAACCCCGAGGACUGGAAUGGGACGUCGUCUGCCUGGGCUUUGUAUUUUUGGAGAUGGCCAGCGUGAUGAUGGGUGAGACGAUGCAGGAUCUAAUUGCAGCACUCGAGAACAAAUACUACUCUGAUGCUCUCAGCUCACGACUCAUCCAUGGCUGGCUUAAGAAGCUGAAACUCAAAGCCACUGAGCAAGAUAACACGCAAUGGCCAAGAGACUGUUUUAUGCCCCACGAAAAGAAGGCUACCGACGAGAUCCUCAUGGCCAAGGCCGACCGCGUACGAAGGAGAUUCUGUCUCAGGCCUGGAAGUGCUUUUCUCGUCUUUGUCAGGAGGACUGCCGCCACUGCCACCCUCGAAGAGCAAAUGUGA